AGCAGCAAAUCACCGGGCUUCCUGAAGAUGUCCAGAAUUCAGCCCAGCCCCUCCCAUUUAGUCUUAAAGGAUUCUGAUUUUAAGAUAGGUUGCUUUUUUGUUAUUGAGGAAAAAAAAAAUUGUAUGUGUUUCCAGGUAAACUGCAAAGUGCAAAUGUGUGUGUUCACUAUUUGAUUUUUAGUGGCAAUAUUUAACUCUAAACAUGGAUUCCACUUGCAUCUCAAUUAAAGAUAAUGUGAUCAAAAGUCUAGGUGUUCACUUUCAAUCUGACAGAUUCUUUUGACAACUCAAAAUUCUGCCUGCAAGAGUGAGGUCACACUGUGUGUUCCCUACUCAAAGUUCUGCCUGCAAGAGUGAGUAUGUUUCCUAUUAACCUCGAUCAUCUCAGACGAGGUUCCUUUCAUCACUCUGUCAAGGAGGCAGUGUCAUUUGAGGAUGUGGCUGUAAACUUCACCAUGGAGGAGUGGGCUUUGCUGGAUUCAUCCCAAAAGAAGCUCUACAGAGAUGUGAUGUGGGAAACCUUUAGAAAUGUGUCUGAUAUAGGAAGAACCUGGGGUGGUAAGAAAAUUGAAGAUGAGUACAAAAAUUGCAGGAGAUAUCUAAGCAGUGAAGAGGUAGAGAAAUGUGGUGAUUACGAAUUAUACUAUCAACAUGAAGAAAUGAUUUUCCAGACUACAGAUACUAAUAUGAACCUAAAACCAGUUGGUACAAUACCAGAUGAAAGCAUUGGCUGUAGAAAUACCCUGAUUGGUCUUUCACCACUAAAUGUGCCUAUUUUACCUACCAUUGUACUCAAAUCAUACGAAUAUCAGGGAUUUGAAGACAAGCUGUUUAGCUAUAGCAAAUAUGGGAAAACCUACCCUGAUUUCCAGUCCUCUCAGAAGCAUGAAAAAACAGAUGCUGGAGAGAAACUUUAUGAACAUAAGCAAUCAGAAAAAUUAUACUCCUACUGCUCUGAAGGAACUGUGGGUGAAGAGACACCCUUUCUACAUGAGCAAGAUGUGAAAACCCUCAGUACACCCAACUAUGUUCAAAUCUGGGAAGGAAAUCACAGUGGAGUGAAUAUUUAUAUAUGUACACAAUGUGGAAAAAGUUUUAAUUCACACCAUUUCAUUCAAAUACAUGAAACUGCUCAUGUCAAAACACCCUAUGUUUGUAAACAUGAUGGGAAAUCCUUCACUAAUAGCACUUCAUCUGAUAGUCAUCAAAGAACUCACACUGGAGAGAAACCUUACUUGUGUAAGCACUGUGGAAAAGCUUUCAGCACACACAGUGAUUGUCAGAGACAUGAACGAACUCACACUGGGGAGAAAAAACUCUAUGAAUGUAAGCAAUGUGGAAAAGCCUUCAGCACACACAGUAAUUGUCGAAUACAUGAAAGAAUUCACACGGGGGAGAAACCCUAUGUAUGUAAGCAAUGUGGGAAAGCAUUUAGCAGGCACAGCAAUUGUCAAAUACAUGAACGAACUCAUACUGGGGAGAAACCCUAUGUAUGUAAGCAGUGUGGGAAAGGUUUCAGCAGACAUGGUACUUGUAGAAUACAUGAAAGAACUCACACUGGGGAGAAACCAUAUGCAUGUAAGCAAUGUGGGAAAGGUUUCAGGACACAGAGUGAUUGUCAAAGACAUGAAAGAACACACACUGGAGAGAAACCCUAUGUAUGUAAGCAAUGUGGGAAAGCGUUCAGCAGACAUGGUAAUUGUCAAAUGCAUGAACGAACACACACUGGGGAGAAACCCUAUGUAUGUAAGCAGUGUGGAAAAGCUUUCAGCAGACAUGGUGCUUGUCAAAUACAUGAGAGAACUCACACAGGGGAAAAACCUUAUGUAUGUAAGCAGUGUGGGAAAGCAUUCAGCAGACACAGUCAUUGUCAAAUACAUGAAAGAACUCACAUUGGGGAGAAACCCUAUGAAUGUAAGCAAUGUGGGAAAGCUUUCAGCACACACAGUGAUUGUCAGAGACAUGAAAGAACUCACACUGGAGAGAAACUCUAUGUAUGUAAGCAGUGUGGGAAAGCAUUCAGCACACUGAGUAGUUGUCGAACACAUGAAAGAACUCACAUGGGAAUAAAGCCCCAUAUAUGUAAGCAGUGUGGGAAAGCAUUCAGCACUCGAAGUCAUUGUCGAAUACAUGAAAGAAUUCACACUGGGGAGAGACCUUUUGUAUGUAAGGAAUGUGGGAAAGCUUUUAGCACACACAGUAAUUGUCAAGUUCAUGAAAGAACUCACACUGGGGAGAAACCCUAUGUAUGUAAGCAAUGUGGGAAAGCUUUCAGCACACCCAGUUGUUGUCGAAAACAUGAAAGAACUCAUAGCAGGGUGAAACCGUAUGUAUGUAAGCAUUGUGGGAAAGCUUUCACAACACAGAGGUAUUGUCGAAUACAUGAAAUAAUUCACACUGGCCAGAAGUCCAUUGAAUGUAAGCAGUGUGGGAAAGUUUUCACAACACAGAGAGGUUGUCGAGAACAUGAAAGAACACACUGGGGAGAAAUCCUAUAUGUGUAACCUACAUCUAUGUGGGAAAGCUCCUAGUGCACACAAUAUGUGUCAAAGAUAUUAAACAAUUCACUGAAUAUAAACCAUACAUAUAUAAGCAAUGAAGAAGAACUUUCAGUACACAAUCAUGUUGUCACAUACAUGAAUCAUAAGUGGUAAAAAUGCUGUCUAUGUAAGAUGGAAAACAUUCACUUGGGUUCUUAGAUAUUAAACAAGAUGAAUUUGUGAAUAUAUAAAGUGACUUGCACUGACUUGAAAGGACAUAAAGUGAAGUUUUUUCAUUGUAGGCAAUAUGAAAAAUUGAAUCCUAACACUAACUUCAGUAACCUCCUAGGCCAAGUUUCUUUUCUCCCUCUGUCAAGAUAUUUGGUACAUGGUUGAGAUUGUACUGCAAUCUACCUGAGUCCUCAGUAAUGGGAAUAUUUCUUUGCAUGUCCUCUUGGCUUCCUUUGUCCUUUCUUCAGAAAUAUGAACACAAAACCACUCCUCUCAAAGAUACCUGAGUUAAUCUACCCUCCUGAUUUCCAACAAGUAGUCAAACCACUGCUUGCUGGGUGUUUGGAAGCCUCAUGUUUGAAAACUGUGCUAUUUUGUUUACUGUGACCAAACUGUAUAAUUCCUCUGUUUUUUUUACCUUGUUAAAAUGUAGACAAAUAUGUAUAAAUCUAUAGUUUCUUACAACUUGGUAAUUUAGUGUUUAUUUUUCAGUAAACUUUAUUUUCAAAAAGGUUUUGGGUGAGACCUAAUAACAAUAUAAACAUCUCAGGAAUACUGAGACAUUCUUAUACCUAAGCUUUGGGCAGUGACUAAGAAUACCCAGUUGAAAUCCUACUUAUUGUUGUUUUCCCCUUGGAUUACCACUGUCACUUCUUUUGCUGUUUUUCCUAACUUUACCAUGUGUCCAUGUCACUACCAGUAUUCUUUCCAUUUUGAAUCUUUGGAAUGUUCAGUAAGUGGGUAUUACAGAAAUUUCACAGAAAUACAUUCUAUGUGGUGUCUUUAUCUCACCGUAUUUCACAUGUGUUCAUGUCUGAGUUAGGGGCAAAGAACUACCUCAUCCAUUAUGGUGGUUACAUGGUUGAAGUUUGCUCAAGUUUAUUUUUUAUAAAUGUGAAAAGAAUGACAUUUUCUCUAGAACAGUGGCACAUAUUUUCUGGAUAUUGCAAUAAAAUCAUUGGCCACAGAUACUGGUCUACUCUGAAGUAUAGUA